CAAUGCAUUUCUUGUUUUUUCACCUGAGAAAGAGGACUUAACAUAUAAAUAGUCUCUUUCUCUUAGGUUUUUUUUUCUCCGGUGAACCGUCGCCGCACGGUUCACCUUUGACGGGAAAAUUAGGGGCUAAUAUUUUGGGAUUCAAAAAUGUUCUAAUUUUCCUAUUGCAAAAAAAAUUGAUGAUAAAGUUUAUGAGUGUGUGUUGGUAUUAUUUGAAUUCGUUUCGAAAAAAAUAAAAAUUUCAAAUUAGGUCGAAAAUUUUAUUGAUGAUUUUGAAAAAUUGUGCCUAAGAUAUGGUAUUAGGUAGAUUAGCGAAAAGAGGAUGGAUGAAUUGGUUUCCAUGUUGUAUGCCGGUGGAUGAUAAGAAUCAUAUUGCCUCUUAUGAAGAUAGCAUCAUUCAUCAAUACAAAAACGCCAAUUCUCCAACACAAUUUGCCAACAUUUCUCUUAAAACUGAUAGCAGCAGAAGGAGAUACAUAGCUACAGAAAUAGAAAAGUUUGGGAAAGGGAACAUUUCAGCUCAAGCCUUCACAUUCCGUGAGUUGUGUGUUGCAACUCAAAACUUCGACUGUGAAUGUUUUCUUGGUUCAGGUGGUUUUGGGAAAGUGUACAAAGGCCACAUUAAAAGCAAGAAUAUGGAUGUUGCUGUGAAGCAACUUGACAGGAAUGGUUUCCAAGGAACUAAAGAGUUCCUUGUGGAGGUCCUGCUGUUGAGUCUUCUCCGUCACUCUAACCUUGUCAAUUUGGUAGGAUACUGUUCAGACGGUGAUCAGAGAAUAUUAGUUUACGAGUUCAUGCCAAAUGAUUCUUUAGAAGGCCACCUUCUUGAACUUGGUCCUGAUCAAAAGCCUCUUGAUUGGUAUACGAGGAUGAAAAUUGCAGCUGGAGCAGCAAGAGGACUUGCAUACUUGCAUGAAACGGCUAAUCCUCCAGUGAUUUAUCGGGACUUUAAAUCAUCCAACAUACUUUUAGAUGAGAAUUUUGAUCCCAAGCUUUCUGAUUUUGGACUUGCCAAGCUAGGUCCAACAGGUGACAGGACUCAUGUGUCCACCAGGGUCAUGGGAACCUAUGGUUAUUGUGCACCUGACUAUGCUUGCACAGGUAAAUUGACCGUUAAGUCCGAUGUAUAUAGCUUCGGGGUAGUCUUAUUAGAAAUAAUCACAGGAAGAAGAGUCAUCGACAGCUCCAGACCUAGCGAAGAAAAGAACCUCAUCAAGUGGGCACGACCACUGAUCACCGACAAGAAGAAGUUGCACUUAAUGGCAGAUCCAUUGCUACGGGGGAACUACCCGAUGAAGGCAUUGUAUAAAGCUCUAACAGUUGCAGCAAUGUGCCUGCAAGAGGAUGCCAGUACGCGACCUUUAAUCAGUGAAGUAGUGACUGCUUUAGAUUAUAUAUUGAAUAUCAAGAAACACGAAGAUGAUCAUAAGGAGGAAACUGCAGAAGACACUUACAAAUCACCACCUGCAUUGCAAACUAUUACAAGUCAUGUCGAUCGUAUUGCAAGUAAUAAACCUAAAUGUGUUAGAGAAAGAUACUAAAUCCGUUUUCCCUUCAUUUUCUGGGUUUUGAUGUAGUGUUUGUCAGUAUGAAUGUCCAUAGAUUUCUUAUAUACGGUCAUCGAGUUACACUGAUAAUGUAAAAAUUUUGUAUACCAUCAGUGUAUAACUUAAAUACUUAGGAAAUCGGAUCAUUUACCACUUAUUUGUAUUGAUCAUCAAAGUACA